CAUCGGUGGGUCAUUCGACCUUUACAAGAAGAUCGACUUAUGUAGCCGUAUCGACAUGUGCCUUUGGAUGGGAUACGACAACUAUGGUGACCCCAGAGGACAUUCCGACAUGCUUUGGGUGGAAGCGAUGGUCUUACAAUGGUUAUACUAUGAGUCGAUGAGUCCAACCAAGUUCGGUCUGGGG